AUGUUUGUAGGGGUGAUCCAGCUCGAUCCUUGGUUAGAACCCUACAAGGACGCCCUGAAACAUCGAUUCGCAAAGACCCAGAAUUGGAUCAAGACAAUCAACGAGACAGAAGGAGGCUUGGAGAAUUUCUCGCGAGGCUUCGAUCGCUUCGGCUUUACGUUUGCUCCUGAUGGGACUAUCACAUAUCGCGAAUGGGCCCCCAACGCCGAGCAAGCUUUCCUCAUCGGCGACUUCAACAACUGGGACCGAAUUGCCACUCCCAUGCAGAAGAACAGCUUCGGUGUCUGGGAAGUCAGUCUGCCCCCAAGAGACGGAGUGCCUGCGAUACCACAUAACACAAAAGUGAAGAUCUCCAUGGUGAUACCGGGAGGGGAGCGGAUAGAGAGGCUACCAGCAUGGAUCAAAAGAGUUACCCAAGAUCUGUCAGUGUCUCCUGUGUAUGAUGCCAUCCUCUGGAACCCGCCACAGUCGGAGCGCUAUGUUUUCAAAAAUAAGCGUCCUCCUCAGCCGAAGAGCGUCCGGGUCUAUGAGGCCCACGUGGGAAUCUCGUCUCCCGAGCUGAAAGUUGCAACAUACAAAGAAUUUACAAGAAACAUGCUGCCCAGGAUCAAAUAUUUGGGCUAUAAUGUUAUUCAGCUGAUGGCUAUCAUGGAACACGCCUACUAUGCCAGCUUCGGCUACCAAGUCAACUCCUUCUUCGCAGCCAGUUCGCGCUUCGGCACUCCCGAAGAUCUGAAAGAGCUCAUUGAUACCGCGCACGGGAUGGGCCUCACCGUACUUUUGGAUGUUGUACACUCUCACGCAAGCAAAAACACUCUGGAUGGCCUCAACAUGUUCGACGGUAGUGACCACCUGUACUUUCACGAAGGUGCAAAAGGCCGCCAUGAGUUGUGGGAUUCUCGAGUCUUCAAUUAUGGCCACCAUGAGGUCUUGCGCUUCCUCUUGUCGAAUCUGCGCUUCUGGAUGGAUGAAUACCAGUUUGACGGGUUUCGCUUCGAUGGAGUGACCUCGAUGCUCUACACGCACCACGGUAUUGGCACCGGCUUCUCAGGAGGCUAUCACGAGUACUUUGGCCCCUCGGUGGACGAAGAUGGCGUGGUGUAUCUGAUGUUGGCCAACGAGAUGCUCCACGACCUCUAUCCCAGCUGCAUCACGAUUGCAGAGGACGUUUCAGGCAUGCCUGCAUUAUGUCUGAAGCUAUCGCUGGGCGGCAUCGGAUUCGAUUAUCGACUCGCCAUGGCCAUUCCGGACAUGUGGAUCAAGCUUUUGAAAGAGAAGAAUGAUGAUGAAUGGGAUAUUGGCCACAUUUCUUUCACUCUGACCAACCGACGUCACGGUGAAAAGACUAUCGCUUAUGCGGAGUCGCAUGAUCAGGCUCUCGUGGGGGACAAGUCGUUGAUGAUGUGGCUCGCCGAUGCAGAGCUGUAUACGCAUAUGUCCACUUUGACAGAACUUACCCCAAAGAUCGAACGAGCUAUGUCUCUCCACAAGAUGAUCCGGCUGGUGGUCCACGGACUUGGUGGAGAGGGGUACCUUAACUUUGAAGGCAAUGAAUUUGGGCAUCCUGAAUGGCUCGACUUUCCCCGUGCCGGAAAUGACAACUCUUUCUGGUACGCACGAAGACAGUUUAACUUGACCGAGGAUAAGCUCCUACGGUACAAGUUCCUGAACGAAUUCGACCGGUCAAUGCAAUGGACAGAGGAGAAGUACGGUUGGCUCCAUGCGCCACAGGCUUACAUAUCGCUCAAGCAUGAAGGCGACAAGGUCCUCGUAUUCGAGCGGGCUGGACUGCUGUGGAUCUUCAACUUCCACCCAACGAAUUCCUUUGCGGAUUAUCGUGUCGGCAUCGAGCAGGCUGGCGUUUACAGAAUUGUCCUUGACACGGAUGCGCCCGAGCACGGCGGAUUCGGAAGGAAUGCAAAGGACACAAGGUUUUUCACCACCGAUUUUCCAUGGAACGGCCGGAAGAACUACACCCAAGUGUACAUCCCAUCGCGGACAGCCCUGGUAAGUCCUUAG